AUGAAUAAUGCCUCAGGGCUCCUGGGAACAGCCAGCAUCCCCCUGUUAGUGACCUGGCCACAGUCCAGCCCCUCGCCAGCCAUGACCGUGGUGCCCACCGGGCCGCAGAUGGACCAUGUGGGGAACGACUCCCAGGGUGCCCCACGGCUCUUCCUCACCACUACACUGGCCCAAGGCAUCUCAGGUGUCUUCGUGUGGACAGCCCUGGUGCUCACCUGUCACCAGAUAUACCUGCACCUGCGCUCCUACACCGUGCCCCAUGAGCAGCGCUAUAUCAUUCGGCUGCUCCUCAUCGUGCCCAUCUACGCCUUCGACUCCUGGCUCAGCCUCCUCCUCCUGGGAGACCACCAGUACUACGUCUACUUUGACUCCGUGCGGGACUGCUACGAAGCCUUUGUCAUUUACAGCUUCCUGAGCCUCUGUUUCCAGUACCUGGGGGGCGAGAGUGCCAUCAUGGCUGAGAUUCGGGGGAAGCCCAUCAAGUCCAGCUGCUUCUAUGGCACCUGCUGCCUGCAGGGCAUGUCCUACUCCAUCGGGUUCCUGCGAUUCUGCAAGCAGGCCACACUGCAGUUCUGCAUUGUGAAGCCCAUCAUGGCCUUGACCACCAUCGUCCUGCAGGCAUUCGGCAAAUACCAUGACGGAGACUUCAACAUCCGCAGUGGCUACCUCUAUGUGACCCUGGUCUACAACGUCUCCGUCAGCCUGGCCCUCUACGCCCUGUUCCUUUUCUACUUCGCCACCAGGGAGCUCCUACGGCCCUUCGAGCCCAUCCUCAAGUUUCUCACCAUCAAGGCGGUCAUCUUUCUGUCCUUUUGGCAGGGGAUGCUGCUGGCCAUCCUGGAGAGGUGUGGGGUCAUCCCCGAGGUCCAGACCAUCGACGGGAGCAGGGUAGGGGCCGGCACACUGGCUGCAGGCUACCAGAACUUCAUCAUCUGCAUCGAGAUGCUGUUCGCUUCUAUCGCCCUGCGGUACGCCUUCACCUGCCAGGUGUACUCAGAGAAGAAGGAGAACUCGCCAGCCCCCACAGCACCCAUGCAGAGCAUCUCCAGUGGCCUCAAGGAGACCAUGAGUCCCCGAGACAUCGUGCAGGAUGCCAUCCACAACUUCUCCCCUGCCUACCAGCACUACACGCAGCAGGCCACGCAUGAGGCCCCAAGGCCCGGCCAGGGUGUGCACCCCUCACCCAGCCCCCACCCCAGCACAGCCGGUGGCUCUGGUGGGGGCAGGAAGAGCCGGAACAUAGAGAAGAGGAUGCUGAUCCCUUCAGAGGACCUAUAGGAGGGCCUCGAGGUUGCCACCACCUGGCUGGGGACCCAGGUUGCCCAGGUCUCUGGAAAGAAACAGGGCUCCCCACCCACCAACCCUCUUGCCAAAGGUCAAGCCUCUCCC